UAUACUACUUCCUAUUUCCUGCUAUUUAAUUCUUAAAUACCAUAACCCACUCUCAUGAUUUCCAUCCUCUACCCUUUUUGUUCCAUGAAGCUUCAACUUCUCAAACUUUCCUUCAUCUAAUCAUUUUGUUUCAACUGUCCUUUCACUUGAUACUCCAGUGGGAAAAUAGGUUUCGGGCGAGACAACAUGCGAGCCGGGGGUUGCACGGUGCAACAAGCUCUAACCAACGAGGCUGCCAACGUGGUAAAGCAAGCUGUUACUCUGGCUAGGCGGCGUGGCCAUGCUCAGGUCACUCCCCUCCAUGUAGCUAACACCAUGCUUUCUGCUUCUACCGGUCUUCUCCGUACGGCUUGUAUUCAAUCCCACGCACAUCCACUCCAGUGUCGAGCCUUGGAGCUUUGUUUCAACGUCGCCCUCAAUCGCCUUCCGGCUUCGGCUUCGAGUCCGAUGUUGGGAACUUAUUGGCAAUACCCUUCCAUCUCUAAUGCCUUGGUUGCCGCCUUCAAGCGUGCUCAGGCUCACCAGAGGCGUGGAUCCAUUGAGAACCCGCAACAACCGCUGCUAGCUGUUAAGAUAGAGCUGGAGCAGCUUAUAAUAUCGAUUCUAGAUGAUCCUAACGUAAGUAGGGUCAUGAGAGAAGCCGGUUUCACUAGUACGCAAGUCAAAAGCAACGUGGAACAAGCUGUUUCCUUAGAAAUCUGUUCUCAAAACUCUCCUUCAGUAGACAGUAAUAAGUCUAGGGAAAGUAGCAACGCUGAUUUAGCCCUCUCUCAACCUCAUACUGCUUCUCAAGUUGCAAGCAACAAAACUGGGAAACCAAGAGGAUCAGAUCCGAUAAUUAGGGACGAAGAUGUCAUGUUCGUGAUGGAGAAUUUGAUGAACGAAAAGAGAAGAAGUUUUGUGGUCGUGGGAGAGUGUAUUUCCAGCAUUGAAGGUGUGGUUAAUGCUCUGAUACACAAAGCUGAUAAAGGAAAUAUUAAGUUCGUAAACCUUUCUUUCUCAUCUUUUGGGCAUCUAAAUAGAGUAGAGGUCGAGCAAAAACUUGAAGAGUUGAAGAAGCAUGUUGGGAAUUGUUUAGGCAAGGGGAUUGUUUUGAAUCUGGGUGACCUCAAAUGGGCUAUUGAGUAUAGAGCAAGUUCAAGUGAGCAAAGUAGGGGAUAUUACUGUCCAGUAGAGCAUAUGAUCAUGGAGAUUGGGAAAUUAUUGGUAUCCAACAUUGGGGAGAGUGGGAGGUUUAAGCUCAUGGGGUCUGCCACUUUCCAAACUUACAUGAGAUGCAAAAAUGGCCAUCCAUCACUGCAAACUGUUUGGGGUUUGCAUCCUCUAACGAUUCCUGCAGGCAGCUUACGCUUCAGUCUCAUCACUGAUAGCGAGCUACAAAGUCGGGCCACAAGCAAUAAAGUUGGGAACGGGUCGAGCUGGUCGACUUGGGCUGAACCCCAACACCAUGACUGCCCUGUGGUUGAACCUACACAGACUGUUGAACCCACCAGUGCUUUGAGAUUAUAUAUAGCAGAACAUAAUUAUAAGGACCCCAGACCACACCCAUCCUCGAGCCCUAACUCAGCUUGUUCCAGUGAUGUGAUGGAGAUGGAAUAUGUUCACAAGUUCAAGGAGCUGAAUGCCGAUAACUUGACCACCCUUUGCACUGCAUUGGAAAACAAGGUGCCAUGGCAGAAAGAUAUAGUUCCGGAGAUCGUGACCACAAUCUUGAAAUGCAGGUCCGGGAUGAUACGAAGAAAAUGGAAGUUGGUUGAUGGUGAGUCGACUAAAGAAGAAACUUGGUUCUUCUUCCAAGGUGUCGACGUUCAAGCUAAAGAGAAGAUAGGUAAAGAGUUGGCUAGGCUUGUUUUCGGAUCACAAAACAACUUCGUCUCCAUUGAACUAAGCAGCUUUUCAUCUACGAAAGCGGAUUCAACGGAAGAUUGUCGAAGCAAGAGAUCAAGAGACGAACAGAGCUGCAGUUACAUUGAGAGAUUCGCUGAAGCUGUUUCGUGUAACCCACAUCGAGUCUUCUUCAUUGAAGAUGUUGAGCAAUCAGAUUACUUCUCUCAAAUGGGUUUCCACAGAGCGAUUCAAAGAGGAAGAAUAAGCAGAGCAGAUGGAGAAGAAGCUGACCUCAGUGAUGCUAUCGUCAUUUUGAGCUGCGAAAGCUUCAGCUCGAGAUCAAGAGCAUGCUCUCCUCCUGCAAAGCUGAAAUCGGAUGGUACUUUCGAGGAAGAUAAAGUGGGUGGAUCGGAGGAGACUACAAGUCCUUGCGUGUCAUUGGAUUUGAAUAUGUCCCUUGACCAUGAUAGUCUCGAAGAGCAAUCAAUCCAGGAUAUUGGGCUUCUUCAAUCUGUGGACAGAAGGAUCGUUUUCAAAACUCAGGAGCUGUAGUCCUUUGCGAUCCUUCAAGGGCUCAACUUUUCUUUUUCCAUGAAAAUUCUCUUUCUUCAAAUUGUCUUUAGAUUCUCAGACAUU